AUGGAGUGGUUAGCCCGUUAUAAUAUCCAGUUGAACUGUAAGACGAAAAUAGUAGAAUUGUGCAUUCCGGAAGAGACAACUUUGAAAUUGGAUGUAAGGAGUAGAUUAGCCUCAUCUGCAUUUAUGUCAGGGAUUCGAGAUAGGAAAAUAUUAAGUAAAGGGAUUCAGAGAAUCAACACUCCUAGUGAUAAGGUGAGAUUGGAAGAUAUUCCUGUAGUGAAAGAAUUCCCAGAUGUCUUUCCUGAAGAGUUAGAAUCUUUACCCCCAGAAAAGGACAUAGUUUUUAAGAUUGAUGUGAUUCUGGGAAUAGCAUCUAUCUCUAAAACGCCAUAUCGGAUGGCUCCAGCCGAAUUAAAGGAAUUGAAAUUACAACUACAGGACUUGUUGGAACAGGGUUUUAUAAAAGAAAGUGACUCAUCGUGGGGAGCUCUGUGUCUCAAAGCUGUUUGA